UCAUAAAUCUUUAAGCCUACACUAGAGUGUUUAUAUAAUUUUGAAUGGCCUUAUGCACUGGAGCGAACCAAACCGAACCUUUAUCACAGCACCAUGAUUUGGUUCCAGAUUGGACAGCUCACGAAGUUCGCACCGGAACCACCAUCAUGGCAGUGGAGUUUGAUGGUGGGGUUGUUAUGGGUGCAGAUUCACGUACAACAACAGGUGCUUACAUUGCCAACCGAGUGACGGACAAACUGACACCAAUUCAUGACCGGAUCUUCUGCUGUCGCUCAGGCUCAGCAGCCGACACUCAGGCCAUUGCUGACGUCGUGGCCUACCAGCUUGACCUCCAUAGCAUCGUGAUGAAUGAGCCUCCCCAGGUUAAGACGGCUGCCAAUCUCUUCAGGCGGUUCUGCUACAGAUACCGGGAAGAGCUGAUGGCCGGGAUCAUUGUGGCUGGGUGGGACAAAAGAGGUGGUGGCCAGGUGUUUACAGUGCCCAUUGGGGGGAUGCUGGUGAGACAGCCUGUGGCCGUGGGAGGCUCAGGUAGCUCAUACAUCUACGGGUUUGUAGACGAGAACUUUAAACCCGGCAUGUCUAAAGAGGAGUGUCUACGCUUCACUGGAAAAGCUUUGGCCCUGGCCAUGGAACGCGAUGGCUCCUCGGGGGGCGUGGCCAGAUUGGCGGCCAUUACAGAGGCGGGGCUUGAGCGCAGUGUUAUUCUGGGAAACCAGUUGCCCACGUUCUCAAGUUCAUAGUGACGUCAUCUCAGUCCCGUCACCUGACAAUACCUCAGCAUUCAAGUCACAGUUGUGGUCUUGAUGGAAGGUUUUGGGUUAUAACUUUUUUGUUAUAAGAACUACAGAAAUUGAUUGUCAUAUUUUGUUAUAGUAAAUAAAAUAGUGUAGUAAAAAUACA